CCAAACAAGCCAAAAGUCAUUUGCUGGCGUCAAUUUCCUGUUUUCAAAAGACAGUUAGUAAUAUAUAAAAUGUAAAAAUUUUUGUGUUGUUUUUACUGAAGAAUAUUUUAAAUGUACGGCUAGUAUUUUGCGUUAUCAUCGUAUCUUUUAAAAUUUUGUGUGGGGACAAUUAUUGUUUCACAACAGUUGUGUUCAUUGUGUAGUGUAUUUAGGAAUUUUAUCAAAAGCUUGUUUGUAAAUUGACAAUAAUGUUACAAUAAUUACAAGAAGAGUUGCUUUUAAAUAAAUAAGUACUUAAUGGAAACUUGAAAAUGUUAUAUUGGAUAUCAAGAUCAGUGUUCACAAAUUCACUGAUGUGAAUUAAGGAGGUUACGUGUAUUGAUUAUAGUAUAGGUUAUGUUUCCAACUUUCAUCAGCAUCCUAGAUAUACAGUCAUGGUGGGAAGUACCAAGUAUUGCACAUUUCUGUUCCCUUUUUCGUUCUUCAUUCAACCUGUUGGACUUCGACAUUGAAGAUCUUGAAGAAGCAUUAUUAACAGAUGGUACUGAGGAAAAUUCAUGGUUGCAAGAGUUAAUUGUCCGUCUGUUAACUGGUUGUUUGCCAAAUAAUGAAAUCUCAACAUUUAAUUAUCAGAUGUUUUUGAGACGUCUUUUUCGUGAAAAGUGCAAAGAACACGAUAGGUACAACCCAUUCAACACUGAUAUAGAUUUUCAAUUGCUACCCCUCAGAACUAAAGUUGACAUUUUAUAUGCUCUGUGUGAUUUUCGCCUGGAUGCUGAUGAUGUUUUGGAACAGUUAAAGAAUUUAGAAGCAGAUAGUUUAAGAGUAGAACCACUGGGAUAUGAUGAUAAUGACUCUGCGUAUUGGUAUUUUUAUGGUACAAGGUUGUACAGAGAAGAUUUUAAGUCUAAAAACAAAAAGGGCAGUAAGUCAGUGUGGCAAGUAAUUUGUUUCACACAAGAGGAUUGGUUUCAAUUGGCAAAAAAGUUUAAAAAAUCCCAAUCAAAAAACGAGAGGCAUUUGUAUCACACACUCACUGAAAACUUCCUCCCAGAAUUGCCACGGUUAUUUCACGAGAAAGAAAGGCUUGCUAGAAAAAGAUUACUAGAAAGUCAACCUAAGAGAACUUCUAAUCGAAUAGAGACCAAGAAAAAACAGGAAUUAGAAGCACAUGCAGAGAAAAAUAAUUUAGAAGAUCACCCAGAGAAUAAAUCUAUAAAACAACAAGACUUGGAGGAAGAAUCAAAAAAUAGAGAACUUAUUAAAAAGAGAAAAGAGUCAUACAGAAGAAGAGCAAAGUUAAGGGGUCAUAUUAACGAAACAGAAAGCCAUAUCUCAGACAGUGAACAAGAAAAACUUUGGAAAAGAAAAGAUAGCGACGAGGAAACCGAAAUACAAAGCUGUAAGUCAGAGAAAAGCGAAAGUAGCAACACCAGCGGCCGGUAUGAGAUGGCUCGUGAUAAAACGCGUGGUAAAAAGGGCUCGACUAGGCAAAGGAAGAACUCUGGCGGCUCUUGCAGCGGCAGAGAUAAUGGCUCCAGUAUUUCCCGCUCUACUCAUAAUACUUCUCACCGAAAUAGUGAUCGCAGUCGUGGUAAACAGGCGACAUCAGGUGGCGGCGUUAAGGGUUCCGCGACGACUGGUACGCCGCGACCCACCACCACCGUAGGUCGACAAACCAAUAAUUCUCUUGCCGCAGCAACAGGUCAGAUCGUUAUCCAACCCGUUUCUAACCCUCAACGAAAAAAACUCAAGACAUCACAAGUAUUCCGACAAACAGAGGAGGAUCUUCAAGUAGGUAUGCAUAAAAUUUUGGAUUAUGUAAAAAAUCACGAAGAUGCCUGGCCUUUUGUCGAUCCAGUAGAAGAAGAAUAUGCACCAAACUAUUAUUCAGUUAUCAGAAAACCUAUGGAUCUUCAACGAAUGGAAGAUCGCUUAGAUUCUGGUUAUUACAAAACAUUCUCACGAUUCCGAGCGGAUUUCCAACUUAUAGUGGAUAACUGUCGUCUAUAUAAUGGAGUCGAUAACGAAUAUACUGAAAUGGUAGGCAAUUUGGUACAAGCAUUUGAAAAGGGAACCGAGAAGUACCUUGAUCAAAUAUCAUCCUCUGAUGAAGAAAUUCGUAUCGAAUAUUUAACGUCUGAAUCUGAAUCUAAAAACAGCGCCCCUAAAAAGGAAAUUACAGCAUCUUCGUCGACAUGCAGUAGAAGAAAACCAACUCUGGUAGCCCAAACAGAUAAAAAACGGGACCGAUCAUCAUCAGUAGAAUCAAUUAAAAAGAAAAAAGAAAUAGUUGAAAAUGCUCCUAAAGUAAAAACGAAAAAUGAUACAAAAGAACCUUCUCGUGUAAAAGAAUUAGUCUCGACCAAGACUAAAAAUUUAAAAAGCGGCAAUAAAACUAAUGAGAAGCAUAAGAAAAAGACAAAAAAGAACUCCAAAAACUCGAAGAAGUCGACUAAGAAAAAUUCUAGGCCUGGAUCUGCAUUCAGUCGUAGUAGAAGUGGAAGUUUGGUCGACAGAAGCAUGAGUAGAAGCCCUCAAAAUCAAAGGUGGAGCAGCAGUCCGCCCCCUCCUUCAUGGCCACCGUCUCCGCAGACUCCUAAACGCAUGUUCGAUUUCGAGCUGAAAAAUAAUUCAAAACGCCCCAAAAAAUUUAGUGAUGAGGAAAUGAGCAACAGUGGCAAAGACAAGGAAAACAAAAAAGAUAAAUGGGAUGAAGUAUUUCGUAGUGACCCUAAUUCGUGGGAUAAAAAACCUGAGAAGCCACUUUCACCUCAACGACCUAAGGACAAACACAACAAACUAAGGGAGACUAUAGAAAAACUUAAAGCAAAAUCAGAAAUAUCGAAAAAGUAUAAAGAUCCUUACUUAGAAGACUUGGUUUUCAAUAAUUCAGUUAAAGAAAAUCGUACUUCUUCUCCAACAACUGAUUAUGUGGACAGUAAAAAGAAAAAAUUGUCAGAUAAUAAAAGAAAAGAGAAGAAAGAUAAAGCCAAUAAGGUUUCCAAAAGAAGCUUCGAUUUGGAAGAUGGCAAUAGUACCGCUGAUAGUUUCCAGUCAGAGAGUAAGAAUAAAAAGGCUUUUCCAAAAAGUGUAAACUCAAACACUACGAAAAACGCUACAAUUGAAGCCCUUACUCUUGCGACCGAGCAAACAUUGAAAGAUAUUAACAAGUGGCUUGACGAUACCCCUAGAUUAUCAGAAUUUAGUUCCGCAAGUAACUCGCCAACACAUUACUUAGCCAACGACGAAUUCGAAAGCAUAGGUUUAAAAAUCGAACAGGAUUCACAAAAGAAAGUCGAAAAGCCUCUACAAAAAAAAGACGGUAUCAAUAAAGAUUCUAAGAAAAGGUCGUUUAGUCGUGAUCCGACUAAAUUUCUUAAAAAACGGGAAAUACAGCGAACAAUAGAUCGAUUGCAACCUGGGAAAAGUAAAGGUAAUUUACUUUCCAAUGUACAAAACACUAACAAAACAGAUGAAGUGUUUCCUCUAGGCCCAAUAUCGAAAAACAAAGACCUUAAAAAUUCACUCAUUGUUAAAACUGAUGAGAACGCACCCAAAUUAAGUUUAGGCUCUGUACUAGACAGUUUUGGUAAACAUAAAUUCGUUGAUGAUCUAAAAAAGGAAGAGGAAUCGUCUGAACAAAAAGGUGAAGAAUCACUACAAAUAUCGAAUGAUAAGCAGGAAGAUAUAAAAGAGAAAGAAGCAAAAACAGAAAAAGUAGAUACCGAAAAAGCGCCAGACCCUCUUUUACCACAGAAACAAGUUAGUCCUGGAAAAGCCACACCUAAUCUCAGUGCUUGGUUCAAGGCAUUUGGAGCUCCCAAAGUCCAGCCAGUUCAAAAAAAAUUAGAUGGAAAAUUGGACAGCAAAGACGAUAAAACUGAAGAACCUAAACUGACCCACAAAGAUGAACAAAGAAAAGUUUUACCACCGGAGUCUUCGCCUAAUUCCGAAGCUCAAGGUCCGGCCUUACACGGAAUGCCUAUGCCAAGACAAAGAAAAGCGAGUACUGGAAGUAGCGUGUCUGAAAGAUCGUCUUUUAGCCAAGAUAUGGAUUCUCCCCGUGUGGGUAUAGAUGAAAGAAUAGGCGCUUAUCCGGCACCUUAUCCUUCGCCAUUACAUAAGUCGCCUUCUGGAGCUUCUCCUGUAAUGCCAUCACCUAGACCUGACGUUUCUCCUAAAUCAGCGGCUUAUCCAACAUUAAACGGGCAAAUAAGAGUAGGAUUUUAUCAAGACACUGUAUCAACUAAAAGCAGCCCAGAAAAUCCUCAAUCGCCUUAUUUUUCAGAGCAUAUUUAUACACCAGCGUCUAUGCAAAAUGUGCCGCCUAAUUAUUCGUAUAAUAAUUCCCCGUAUUAUCCACCAAAUUAUUCUAAUUCGAAUCCAACACCCCCGUAUAACUCUGAUGGUAAUAAUGUAACUUAUUACGAUACGAAUAAACCUUUAACAGAUCAGUACCAAGCAAAAACGACAGCUGGUUAUCAUCAACCUCUCAACUCGCCUAAUUAUCAGCCUUCAUCAAAUUCGCCGAAUUAUUCGUCAAACCCUCCAAAUCUUCAAAAAAAUUCUCCCCAUUAUUCUCCGCAUUCUCCCAGUUGCAAUUCAGUCCAUUCUCCAAAUUUAAGUUCGGGAGCAAAUUCGCCUUUAAACUCCCCAAACUAUCAACCUUCCUCAAAUUCUCCACUCAAUUCGCCAAAUUAUGCACCGUUAUCUAAUUCGCCUGUCAAUUCUCCAAACUAUCCUCCCCCGAAUUCACCUGGCUUUAAUUCAGCAAAUUCCCCUAACUAUCCCGCAGUAAAUUCUCCUCAUUCUCCAGCUAACUCAUCCAACUUUCAAUCUGCGAACUCUCCAGGUUAUCAAACUAAUAAUUCACCAAGUUGCCAACCUGUUAAUUCUCCUGGUUAUCAAGCAACAAAUUCUCCCGGUUACCAAGCUUCUAACUCGAUAGCUUCUCCACAUUACCAAGCGGCAAAUUCCCCUAAUUAUCCAGCACCAAAUUCGCCUAAUUAUACGAUGUCAAAUUCUCCUGGGUAUCAACAGGUCGGAUCAACAAAUUAUCAAAACACAAACAAAAAUGCAAGCUUCUCUUCUACGAGUGGCUUUCAGCGAAUAAAUACUCCGGACUCACCCACUUUUAAACCACCAACUCCUACAGGAUUUCGAGAACCAAAUUCACCUCUUGUUCCUCCUACUUCACCAUACCCUGUUCAUCAAGAGUUUGAUGAUUUUCAACAAAAUAAACAACCUCAUAGUAACAUAUUUCCUGUCAAAAAACGAGCCUUCAAUGACAUCAAUAGUGUUCCUCAACAUCAAGAGACGAGUUUACCAGUGCAACAGCAGAAUAUUUUUUCAAACAGAAAUUUCGAUACGAAUGUGAUAGCCAAUCAACAAAUUAAUAACGAAAUAGUUAAUCAGUUACAACAUUCUAACCAAAACACGCUUCAAAGUUCAUCUCAAAUGAAAACAACAACUGCGAAUCAGUUCCAUCAGAAUCAUGAAAUGAUACAAGCAAAAAAUGUUAUGUCUUCUAGUUUACAAUCUAAUAGUGCCUUGAAAGAAACGGUACUGGACCCGGAAGCCAAACGUAACGUAAAUUUCGGAAGUCUUACUAACUUGUAUGGCCCUGGGUCAAGUUAUCCACUUAAUAUUCCUUCCGCCAGACCACUUGAUCUUAAUGCUCGACCAGAAUCAAAAACUGUUUCAAUGCAAGGCGUAAAAACCGAUCCUUCUGGACAUUAUGUUGACCAAUUGAACUCUUAUGGAAUGCCUGGUAAUUUGCAGCAGUCUAUAAUGGGACAGCCUAGACUAGGAUCAGAAGGUUUAGGAAAUCGCUUAAAUAGUGCAACAGGCAAUUAUAAACCAACAGAAUUAUCGAAUCCUUAUAAAAAUCCGGACACUUCUCGAACUACUUUCAAUACACCGACGUCUUUGAGUGCAAUGGAGCAGUCACUCAGUUUUCAAAGAAACUUGGCAACCUUAUCACAUAUCGUAGAUCGAUUCCAAUCGGGAGAACGGUUGCUACAAGGACUACAGUCCACUGCAUCUUAUUACUCCGACAAAAAUUUAGUGUCUCACGUUUACACCAAACCGAUGACAACAACGUCUGCAAGUCUACAACAAAUGUUCAGUCAAUCGGUCAACCAGUAUUCGGGACAAGACGUGCAAAACUCUAUGUUCAAUAGGGCAAUGGAAUUGCACAAUUCCACCAAUCAACCGCAACAACAGGUGCAGCAACAACCGCAGCCUGUUACUCCUCAGGUGCAAGAGAAAAAAUCGAAACGUAAAAAGUCAGCAAAAGCGGCUGCAUCUGCUCCUCCUCCUAUUACAGAAGCUUCGACGCCUACUAAUGCUACCCAGGGCUUCCAAUCGUAUACGGGACUAAAAAAUGUGGAUCCAAGUGCGAUUUCGUUAAAAGCGUCCAGUGUUGUGCCGGGCAGUGCUUUUAAUUUCGGUCCGGCGGCUGCCGCGGCCUCUAGUCUCGGGUUAAGUUCGGGCUUAUAUGGCGAAAAGGACGCUUAUUCGAACUUUCUUGAAGAGUACCGAACAACACCGAACUAUUACAUGGCCGCUGCUGCGGCAGCUCACCAUCGAUCUACGCCGGAAGCUGUCGAAAAACAGGCGCGAACCGCCCACCAGCAGCCAGUUACAGCAGCGUCUACACCUAGUUAUCCGUUUAUUGGAGCACCUCAACCACGUCCACCUAGUUAUCCAUUUAUGACGCCUCAUCAGGCUUCUACAUUAAUGGAUCCAAGUUCUCCAUUAUACCAACAGUAUUUGCAGGCAGGUGUAUUGCAUCAGGGAUUGCUAGGGGCUCAUGGGGCAUAUCCAGCAGGCUAUCAUCCUGCUUUAGGUAUGAGACAACCUUUCGAUUCCAUGACUAGACCGCCAUGGCUUUAACUGUGAAUUGAUAGUGUAAUUUGAUAAGUUUCGCCUCCAAAAUUAGCUUCUGGUUUACAUUUUCUUCAUAUCGAAUUCGCCACUAACUUUUAUCUUGAAUAUUUCUUUUUGAAUUAUGAUCUCAUGUUUACAUUUCAUGUUUCAUAUUUAUAAAUACCUCUAUAUAGUGGUGAGUUUUAUCAAUACGUUACUUAUUGUUGUGUAAUUAUUAUUACCAAAGAUUGGAUGGUUUGAAUAUUAUCUUUUUAGCUUACAUAUUAUGUAAAUGUAUGUAUAAGUGUGUGUACAUAUUAUUUGAUUAUUUGUAAAAUUAUUAUUUGUUAUAUACUUUAACGCAUACGUACCUAAUAUUAAGUUUUAAUUAUUAUUAUUAUUAUUAUAAUUAUAUGGUUUGCUGAUGCUCUCGAUUUUUGUGCAAUUUUCUUCAACUUUUUCUUUUGCUGCUAUCAUAAACUUCUGUUGAUGUUUUUUAGAAAGUCUUUUUUUAUUAUUAUACGAGCUAUGUAAUAUUAAAACUACAUACAUUGUUUUUAUUAAAGUAUAUAGAGGUCAUGGAUUAGAUGUCAUAAUUUUCAGCAGUAACCCAUUUUAAUUUUAAUUUCUUUUAUUCUAUUGAUACGUUUAUUAUAGUUGCGGAAUUGCAUGCACAACCAUGUUAAAAAGUACUUAAUUUUUGAAAAGGCUAAGGCUUCCACGGCCGGCGUAUCUAAAGAGGGCUCCAUAUUUAGGCGUUAUGGUCGUAGUCCAGAAAUAGUUCUCUUUCAUUUCUCUAGUUGCCAUGUUAGCAUUAUUAGGGAAUAUAGAUAAGGCGUACAAACAUUCGCUGCGAUUGUGCUGACUAACGACGACCAUCAAGCUCGAAUAUCGAACCCUCUACCUUACUUAAUUUUUAUUUUGAAUUUGUUGUAUUUGAUUUAUGGACUAAAAAAGGCGAUUUUUCGUAAAACGAAUCUCUCCAACAUUCCUGUCUUUCUGAAAUCGGCUUUUUUAAAGUGCAGGGUGUUGGAAAAAUGUAUAAGUAUUUGAUAUAGUUUCUGCAAAAUUUUAAAACUUGUUAUACCUAUACCCUAUAAUUUUUAUCUAAAAAUUAAAAAACAAAAUAACGUGUAAUCUAAUUAUAUACUUUGAAAAUACAUUUUCAAAACACCCUGAAUACCUUUUCACUGAAUUAUGUGUUGCAGAUUAUUAGCUUUGUAUAAAGUUAAUACGUUUAAGUGGCAAUUUCAUCUUUAUUCUUUAUUUAUUAAGUAAAAGAAGGGGGUUUAAGUCAUUGUUAAUGUAAUUAAAGAAGACCUAAUUCAUUUUGGAAACAAAAAUUGUUGGACAACAUAUUUGCAUUUAUUUGACACAUCCAAUGUAUCAUUUAUAAAAAAUGGCUGUGAUUUACUUACUGUUGUAGGUAACUGUUUAUUAAAACUAAAUUUUAUUUAAGAAACUUGCCUUUAUAUGGGAAAAAAUAUCAAUUUCUUAAACAAUUCUAAAUUGUAGGAAAUGUAUGCUUCAAACUUCAACUGGGUUAUUUCAUAAGCUUUUUUGUGUGUAGUUUUUUUUUUUUUUUCAAAUUAAGUAUGUUUCUGUUCUAGUGAUUUAUCCUAUAUACUAUUUGA